GCGGACAUUCGCGGAAGAAUGCGUAGCCAUUGAUUGCAUGAAUCCGAAUGUGAGUUUUGUGGACAAUUUUAUUCGCGAGGAUUUUUCGUUACAGUAACAAUGACGUCAGAGAGCUAAUCAAGUGCACGACAAAAGACGUGGAAGAAAGAAAGGAGGAAGAAAAUGAGGAAAUCAUAGAUAAGAAAGAGGGAAAGAACCAGAAGGUGUAAGAAAGAAAAAGGCGACUCACUAAAUUAGGUUUCUCAUACACAGGCGUCCAGCAUUAGAGAAUGUUUUGGGCGUUCUGGGAUUGAUCAAGAUCGGGAAAAUUCCUGAUUGUUUACCUGUCAGAACAUGUCUGACAUCCCGGAUUCUUGAUCCGACACGUGCAAUGGCGCCGCGCAGUGUUUUGUGAAGUGAAGGAAAGCUGUCCGGUAGUGUGGGUCAAACGGGAAAGGAAGAGGAAUGCAGGCGUUUAAUCCGGGAUUCAACUUUUCCGAUUGUGAGUGAUCGUUUUUUUUUCUUUGAAAUUGUGGCUUUGCCGCGCGAGAAGCGCAUGUGUUUCGAAAUGACUACUAUUUAUGCCAGGAGAACGCGGGGCAGUCAAGUUUGUAGCGCCUAGGACAGUGGAGUGCGACCGCAUUCAACGAAUUUUCCUUUUUGUUUUGAUUUUUGUUUGUUGAGAGAUGAAGUGCUUUUUGUGUCUAGUGCGGCCUUCAAUUGGAGUGAGACGAGAUCGACGCUGACGUGAAAUCCAAAGAGAUUCAGGAUCAGCAUCGUUAUCGAGGCCUCAUCCCCAGGUCCUAGUUUCCGAGGCGAAACGGCUCGUGAUCAAGACAGGAAUCGCGACCACCAAGAAUCGUAUCAGAUUGGCGAAAAAUCGACACUCGUCUCCCUUGAACUUGAAUUGCAUAUUCUCGCUUCGUUGACUUGAGGAAGAGUCAGGAACUCGGACAUCGCCAAGUAAGAUCUCUCCAGUUUUCCCUCAGUCCUCAUUUUUCACGAGGUUUGACGUCUCCGAAAACAAAGGAAGGAGUCUCUUGGAAGACGGAGCGAGUUCGGAAGACGGAAAGAGAGGGGUGGAUCCACGGAGAAAUAAAAAAAAGUGAGACGAACAGACUUGGAUACCCGGAGGACAAAAGCCGAAAGAAGUAGGCGGUGGAGAAGAAGAGGAAGAAGAAGUAGCCAGAGAGAGAGAGAGUCUGUCUACCUUUCUCGAAAGAGCGAGUGAGAUUAACCCUUGGUUCGAACGAGAAGGCUUCCCUUCGCAUCUGGCGAGAAACUUCUAGGAAGGAUUCUUCCUCACGACCGUUUCAGGAAUAACAAAGUGGACGGCCAAAUGCAAAAAUAAAACACGAACGAUUUUUAAGAGGCCUCUCGCCAAUCUAGCCUAGGUUCCAGUUUUUCGAGCAGCCUCGAAACCGGGGAGGAACUGGUCCUAGGGCCCAGAAUAGAGAGACAAAGAGAGAGGAAGUGAGGGGAUCAGAAAGGGCGAAUGUUGCCGGACUAGUGUGCCGUCAAAUUUCUUCGGCUCUGUUGGUUGUGCAUUAUAAGUUCGCUGAGAGUUCGUAUUCAGUGGAUAAAGUGCGCGAGUGUGUUUCUAGGUGAUUUCCCUUCCCCAGGAGGUGGCGAGUUGUUGAAACAAGAGUUGGGCUGGGCGGUGCUGUUGGUGCUCUUUCUGCUUCUGGUUUUGAUCAACCAGUAGAGAAGUGGGACAACCACGUGAACAUCAUUUGCAAGCAAGAACCACAUAUAUUAUCACGGAUCACCCUCAGCUGUUUCACGCCACGCCCACCCUCGAUGAGAGGAGGCACAUGUCCAUUGCUGCCGCUGAAAAUGCAGGGCCUGGCCCGUGUGACCUGCAGGACCCAUUGUGGGUCAAAAUGAGUGCAAUUACUGGCAGCAUCACUAAGAAGAGGAAGAAAUCAGAUGCCAAGCCUCAGUCGCAAAUCAACAAGUGCCUUAACGAGAAAAGACGACGGACCCAGGAGAACCAGUAUAUCGAUGAGCUUGCCGAGCUGAUUUCCGCCACGGAUAUGAGCUCUGGCAAGACUGAUAAAUGUCAAAUCCUCCAGCGAACCGUCGACCAGAUUCGGCACAUCAAGCAACAAGAGAAUUCCAAUAGUCAUGCUGUUCAGCAGGGAGAAGUUUCCUCGUCAAAUCCUAGCCUUAUUUCCAACGAUAAAGUUGGCCCUAUGUUACUUGAGGCGUUAGAUGGAUUUCUAUUCGUUGUAAACACUGAGGGGCGUGUGGAGUACGUAACGGAUAAUAUAACCGAGUAUAUAAAUUACACUAAGGAUGAUGUACUUGGAAAGGAUAUUUAUAAUAUAAUUCAUCAUGGAGACCACAACACCUUCAUGCCUAGUCUGUCACCAAUGACAUUAGGCUGGACGAACGAGCCUCAAUCUCAGACAAAGAAUCGCAUUUUCAAUUGUCGCUUUCUUGUGAAGCCUCCGGAUGACAAAGAGCAGACUAUGGAACAGAAGCAACAACGCGUAAAUAAGUACGAGACUAUGCAAAUUUGUUCUGCGCUUCUUGCAAACAAUUCUGAUCGUCUUGAAAGCGGUGAUGUAUCUUCGGAAUCUUCAGAUAUUGGUCCAUGCGUAAUGUGUGUUGCUCGCAAAAUUCCUGAGAAUGAGGUUCCAAUCAGCACCUCCAUCCAACAGUUUACUUUCAAACUGGACCUGUCUGGCAAAAUCCUUGCGCUAGAUAACAGUUGGUUGUCGCAAUCUUUCUGCAAGUACCUAAACAAGGACCUGAUUGGUUCCACAAUUCAGGACUUGUGUCACCCACAUGAUCUCAGUCAGCUGACUGCUCAUUUAAAGUGCACCCAGGAAGGCAGCCAUCGCUCAAGUCCUAAGUAUCGACUUUGCUUGAGUGAAGACACGCUCCUCUACGUUCAAGCGAAUUCAAGAUUUUUCGCAGCUAGUGAGAUGAGUGGAUACGACUCGGAUUACGUGAUGUGCACCAACUCCAUUUUGGGGGACAAUGACAACUUAACGCGUCUCGAGGGUGGUCAGCUUUCCAACAACAAAGUGCUCUCAGGACACUCUAGUAACCGUUGUGCGAAUAAUAGUAAUAAUAAUAAUGGUAACAAUAAUAAUAACGUGGGUGGCCCGCUGAUGUCGACGCAUCUAAACGGUCAAGUGAGUGGUGGUGUCAGUGGUCGAGGGUUGGCAUCGCAAUCGCAGGGCGCGACUACCUCUUCUUCGAAUUCGGUAACGUUUAGCACGAGCGAAAACCCCCUCACGUCGUCGUCGCUGAGCUCAUCGAGUAACCCUUUCAACCACUUUUCGGGCAAUAUGGACUUGGAGUUCGAGCUCUUCCCGAGUUCCACGUGGGACUUGGACAGUAGCAGUGGGUGGGUUGAAAGACCCGAGUCAAGAGCGAGCGGGCCACCACAUUCCCGUCCACCUUCCCAACCGGCUGCGGCAUCUCCGAGUCCGCAGGGGACGACGUUUUCUUCUAAUUCGGGGGUGGCGGCGUCACACUGCAGUCCCCUGCGUGCGUUCAGCCCAUCUACGGGGAAUCCUGGUCACCCCUUCAGUAAUUCGUUCCCCUUCAGUCCGGUCCAGGAGUCGCAGAUGCAGCUGAACAACGUGGCCGGCGCCGCCGGGAGCAACGUCAGUGCGAACGGUGCUGGAGGAGGAUCGUCGUCGAGCUGCAAGAGAAUUGAGGACUCCAAGGGGUGUCCGAGCACGAGCGGCACUAUGCACGUGAGCAGCGCACCAAGUACUCCGAGUGUGGAGACUCAAAACAGUGUAGUGUCCACGGAGUCGGGCAGGCUCAGGAACUUGUUAACCAAGGGAGCCAGUGGUAGUGAAGAUAGUCAGGACAAUUCGAAUAAUGAUUCGGGCAAACAAAAACAUAGGAUAUUAAAAACUUUGUUAAACCAGCAAGAUGAUGAUAAUGAGUACCAUUCGGAGCAUAAUCGAGUGCGGACGAGUCCGAGCAGCGCACCAAAACCUAACCCGGAACAGUCCAACAAUAUGCUGUUACAGUUAUUAAAUGAGAAAAAUGACGACGAUGACGAGGAAGCAAGGAUUGGGUUGAAGAAGAGUAACGAACUUCUUCAAAAGCUUUUGAAAAACCAAGACGAAGAAAAGAAGCAAAAAGAACCAUCGGGUGAUGAUCAUCUCCUAAAAAGUCUUGGCUUUCAAACAUCGUCCUCAUCCCCGUCUCAGUCAAACGAAAAUUCUCAAGGUUCGCGCAAGAGAUCAGGCGACGAUUUGAAUGUGAAUUCUUCAAUGAAACGUCCUCGAGAUGGAUCGCACCCAUCUGUAUCUGGUACAAACUCUAUGAACAAAGAUCUGUGGCAAAAGAACAAAAUGCUAGCUUCGCUUUUGGCUAAAGAACCUGAGCAGCCAACCACUAUCCCACCGAUUCCUCAAUCUGUGAUAUCAGGAACCCCACAGGAUAAACUGCCCCGCGUGACGGAUCGCUUAAAGCAACAUCCGCCACAACAGUCGCCAUGGGCUACUAGUAGAAUGCAGCCAGUUGUUGUCAGCAACACUAUUACCACAACUGCAACUUCGGCCCGUACUCCUCUCCAAAAUCUACCUAGACAACAGCUACCUCGUCAAGCAACCGAUCUCUACCUCAAUCACAUGCUUAGUCAAACGCAGCAACAAAGGCCUCAAGUCGAGCAAAUAGACUCGGAUUUCGUAAGUAGCGGAGAUUACCGGCAACCUAAUGUAGAUCCCGGCAUGUGGAACAACCAGACAUCGGAUCCAGAUCUCAAUGAUAUCUUAGAACAGUUUGUCGAUUUUACCUCCAACCAGAACACUGAAGAUUCGUCUGAAACCGCAAACGAUUUGCUGAGCGUUGCUGAAGUUCCACGGAACAAUGUCGUUAAUGAGACAAUGGCUAUAAACGCUAUACAGAAGUCACUAAUGCUAAUCGAGGCUGAAGUCAAUUCCACGUCUUCCAGCACCACGAUGCCUGGUACACCGCCAGCUUAUUCCACAGCGGUAUGUUCUAUACUGUCAACGCAGAUGAUACCCACUUUCAAUUUGAAGUAUUUACUGAAUAACUCGCCGGUUGUGACGACGAGCCAACACUAUCAAGCCGCCGCUUUAUAUCAGCAGCAGCAGCAGCAGCAGCAGCAGCAGCAGCAGCAACAACAGCAGCAGCAGCAACAGCCAAGAAUGAGAUUUAACACGCAACAAGGAAUUCGACAAACCGCUGCACAGUUCACUCAGCAACAGUUACAGAUGCAACAGCAGAGGAGUAAACUGAUUCAGCAACAUCAAAUGAAACAACGGCUUCUGCAGCAACAGCAACAGCAGCAAUUACUUAUACCUUCCAACGCUACAGCUACGGACCAAAUAAACACGGGAAUUCACAAUAUUGACAGUCUUUUGAACAAUACUGUUGCACCAAAUGUAUCUCUACAGCGGUCAAGUGUAUCGGAUUCACAAGUGUCUCCAGGAUAUGGGGGAUCCGUCCAAAUGCCUUCUGGGCACCGGCUUGCUCACUCCUAUUCUCAUCCUUCCACGUUACCUCAGCAUCCCGUAAAUAAUAACUUCAAUAGUGGUCAGCAAGGUUCCGCGCCGGCGAGGCUCUCGCCGCACUCACCUGCUGGUAUUCUCUCCUUCUCUCAUCCUCAACCGCUUUCGCCUCGAGUUUCCCAAGUGCAUUUUGUGCUUCAGGGAAAUUAUGGUAACAGUCCGAGAAUGUUCAAUGUUAAUCAGGUUAGACAGCAGCAGCAGCAACAGCAGCAGCAGCAGCAGCAACAACAACAGCAACAACCGAACCCUCAGCAACAGCAACUCCAGCAGCAACAGAGGUCGAUGCCGUCGCCUGGUACUCCGGCAUCGGCGAGACAGUCUCCAUUUCCCGCCGAAACUUUCCCUCCCCCUGCGAGUCCCACUGCUAGCCAGUUCCCCCCUGUUCCCAUUCCCAAUGCGAAUAAUCCUUCCACUCAGUAUCGGCUCCAGCGAACCACGUCGACUCCCUCCGCUACUACUCAGUUGCCAGGUGGGAUCGGUUCACCGCGUCAUUACGGUGGAGUAAAUAAGGAGCAGGCUCUUUUAUCACCUAGUCAUCCCCACUCGGGUUGCCCCGCAACACCGACCCAUAAUCAGCAUAACGUCACCAAUUCCCAACACUUCUCCAAUCAGCAACACUCAUCUAUGAUAUAUCACAACACCGCCAAUACUAUCAACACUGCUGACGUACAGAAUCAAAAUCAGUACUGUUACGAUCGGACGUCCGUUCCACUCUAUCAAAUGGGGCCUGGGGAUGCGCAGGACACUAGGCCUCUGCCUCCCAGUAAUCCUGCUAGUCACCAAAUGGGUGGAAACGCCAGCAGUACUGGUAGUAUGACCUCGGAAUUUGUUCGGCAAGAACUGAGAGCGAUUGUUGGAGCCAGGACGCAGCAGCAACAGCAGAGGGUGCCUAGUAAUCUUCAAAAUAGCUUGACUGGUCAAGUUUCUCAGGACGAUCUCGAUGCUCUCGGACUUACGUUCGAGAUGUCUACCGCAGGUGAGCCUGUGGGUAGCGAUGGCCCUGCAAAGAGCUGGGCCAUUGGGAGUGCCGGAAGCGCCCCCUCUUCCUCCAGGACUACUAUCGAAGAAGUGGCCCAAGGUGAUCCAAAAGCUUCUCUGUUGCAGAAACUUUUAUCCGAGUGACUGCUGGCUAGCAUAUUGCGACGGGCAAAAAUAUAUGUAAUAUAUAUUUAAGUGAUCGAAAGGAUAAAAUACAUAAACACCUACAUACAUAAACACUAUACGUAACGGAUACUGCAGAAUAUCCCCAAGUACAAUGCGAACAAUUACGCGAGCAAUGGAUACGAUAAAAAGAAUUUUUAUUGGGAAAAAACUUUUUUUUUCUGAUAAAAUGUGUCUUCUCGGAGAGAAAAGUCUCUUGAAAGAGCAUUACAUAUUUUCAGGAGCAGUAUUUCUUGAGAAAUGAUAUUUUCAGGGAGAGAGGCGUUCAGAUUCGAGCGAAUUUAUUCAAGGUGUACAAAAUGCUUAUAGUAGAUGCAGUAGUUAUUCUUGUAACUCGACUGGAAACGCAAAAAAGUUUGUUGAAGGAUGUGUUAAGAAAAGGAUUGGAUUUUAUGUUUGCAGGGGAUGAUGGAAUGAUUUAAGGCAUUUUUGUUGGUGUUGUAUUUGGUACCACUAAAAGAAACUACGUAGGUACCUCAAGUAAGUUAAAAAAUUAUACCACUGGCUGUUGAACAUAGAACUAUUAAUAGGGUUAAUUAUUGUACACAGAAAAAAAUAGAGCACUAUCAUGUUUUCCCUUAAUUUAACAUCUUUUUGACUAUUAUAUUAUGAAUAAUAUAUUUGUGAUUGUAAGACGAAUCUGCAACCAAAAUGUGACAAAGAAUACUUGUUGUUGUUAAUAUGAUUAUAAUAACGAUUAUUACUAUUAUUUUAUUGACAUCAUCAUUAUCAUUAUUACCAAUAUUAUUGUUACAACUACAAUAUUAUUAUAAUAGUAAGGUUUAUUAUUUUAUUAUUAUUAUUAUUAUAUUAAUUAUUAUCUUAAUAUUAAUAUUGUGAAACACUUGGCGUAUGCAUAUUUCUAUUCGACAGUAAGGGUACCUUUGAGCAGGGUGGUCUAAAAAAUUACCAGCGACACAAUUCUAAGGGAGCAAAACAACCUCGCCGCCUCUUCGUGAUUUUUCAGCUUUUCAGGAUCUCUUCUCGAUGAAAGGUUCAUUUUUCCCUUACGUCGAUUUACGGUUUUUGCAUGUGGCUGUGUUUCGGUGAUCGAGCUUUCAAGAUAAUGUUUCCAUUCACGAGAUAGGAAUUUUUUUUCUAAACACCGGCGACCAUCGUUUUUCUUUUUCAUUUAUUCCUUUUAUUUUCAUUUAUUUUCAUUUAUUUUCAUUUAUUUUCAUUUAUUUUCAUUUAUUUUCUUUUAUUUCUUAUCUUGAUUGUCUCGGAUUUCAGAGACGGCGCUCGCGAACUUGAGGAAUUCCGAUGUAAAGUAUUUUUUGGACAACCCUGCGCAACAAAAUGUAUAUAUUCGUGUAUGGAAGAAAAAGAAAUCGACCCUCUAUUUUGCAUAGCUCGGUAAUUCUCUUUUUCAGAUCUUAGAUGCACACUAAAUUACUUCUAAACGACAUCCGUUGUUACACGAAUAAGAAACCUUUUCAUUAGAGAGAUAUAAACAUUAUAAUAUAUACGUGUACAAAUACACAUAAUUUUCUCUUUUCGAAUUUUACCGGCUUCGACCCAAGGUCGGACGAAAAUGCACGUCUGAGUUGAUUUCCAUUUUGGCUUGUUUUCAAAUUUUGCAUUUUAUUAAAGCGCAGUUUGGUUCAGUUUCUAAAGACGGAAUAUAACGAAGACUUUGCUCGAUAAAAUAGCGAAGACUUCGCUCGAGACUGGUGUGCAAAAUAAUUCAACUCGGCUGAAAAUUGAGUCGAGUACUCCGAACCGUCUCAGAGUUUAUAAUCGACACAUAAGUGAAAUAAUAAAUCGGAAUUUAUCAGAAAAAAACAUUUUUUCGAUUUCUUCCAAGCUAUUUAAAGAAAGAAAUAAUAAUAAAUAGUUUGGAAGCAGUCGAAAAAAUAAGGUUUCUUUUUUAUAAAUUUCAAUUUGUUGCUUCCCAAACGUUAAAUUAAAAAUAAAUAAAUUCGUUUUUGGGUUCACCGUUAAAAUGCAAAUUAUAAACAAGUUAUUUUUAUUACAAUUCAUCGAGUAUAUUUCUAGAGAAUGUUUGACAGGUUAAAAGGAACCAUUGUUAAUUAAAAUUGAAUAAAACUUUUAUUUAUUGAAUAGGAUUGUUAUAUGAUGUACAUUGUAUAGUUUUUAAAUAAUAUAUCUAUGCUCUUGAGAUCGAUGAAUAAAAAAUGUGAUUUAAAUACUUUAUUUCUGAGCAAGUUAAAAAAUAAAUAAUAUAUCUUUAUAUUCUAUGUUACUAAAAUUUGUUUACAUGAACUUUGGAAUCCUUGAAUACUUAGGUAAAUUGAAAUAAUUAAAUUUACUAAAUCAAGUUUAUUAAAUUAAUGAAUAAAAAAUUAAUCGAAAAAUUAAAAUUGGAAAAAAUUAAUUAAAUUUAAAAAAAGCUGUAUUUUGGUAAUAAAUUGACAUCAUUUUAUUAUCUUCGUGACUAAAUUCGUGACUAAAUUUUCAGCAAUUUUUCAUAAAAUUAAGAAAUUGUAACGGAAUUUUCGUAAAUUUAUCUUAAAUUACGAGUUUCGGAAUUUUCAGAUAUAACGUAUUAGAAAAUUUCAUAAGUUAACUAAAAAUAAGUAAAUUAAUAACUGAAUUUACCUAAAAUGAUCUUAAUUUUACGAAACUUGUAACUUAAUAUUCCUAACUUUAUUAUGAUUUUUCGAAAUUUAUCAUCGGGAUGAAAUAGUUUUGUAAAUCUCGAAUGUUUUACAAAAACGAAAAAAUUAUUACCAAAACUUAAAAUUUCUGGAUUUUUAAAUAAAUAAAAAAAAAGAUUGAAAAUGUUUAUGAACGAACCUGAAAUAUUUUGAAAGUAAAAGUUAACAAAACUGGGAAAAUUCAGAAAUGG